AUGGUCGGGGCCCGCCAUCAGUUAUCCCGAGAUGAGAAGCACGGUUUAUUCGUGCUCCAUCCAGAAGAGGAGGAUACCCACGCAGACGUUGAUAUCAUAGCUGUUCACGGUCUUGGCGGCGAUGCAUUCGAGACGUGGACGGACGCAGGCUACAAGCUGUGGCUACGGGACUUUAUCCCCUCUUUCUUACCCAAAGCCCGCAUCAUAACAUUUGGGUACGACUCGAAAUGGGCCUUUAGCCGUAGUAUUGCUGGCAUCGAUGACUUUGCUUUGGAUCUAUUGAACAGGCUACGAAUGAAGAGGUGGUCCAUAGACGCCAUGCAGAGACCGGUUGUAUUCGUCUGCCAUAGCCUUGGCGGCAUUGUGGUCAAAAAAGCCCUCAUCAUUGCCAAAGAACAACGAUAUUACUCAAAUAUCCUAGACAAAAGCCGCGGCAUCAUCUUCUUCGGGACGCCUCAUCGUGGCUCAAGAGUGGCGAGUUGGGCGACUAUUAUGUCGAAUUUCAUUAACACCUGCAGUUUUCAUAAGCCCAUGAGGACCCAACUAUUCAACGUGCUCUCUCAGAACUCUGCUGUCCUGGCCGAUAUCUCUACAAGCUUUAAGUCCUUGACUUUGGACCUACCAAUCGUCACUUUCUACGAAACGGAGAUUAUGAACCCGCUCAAUGGUCUUGUUGUGGAGAGGGAAUCCGCCUUGUUGGGUAUCAACAACGAGCGGCUGGUUCCAAUGGCUGCUGAUCAUCGGAACAUUGUUAGGUUUAACGAUCCCCACAGCCAGAAAUUCGAGCCUGUUCGACACGCCCUGCUAGAGAUGAUUCAAGGCCAUCCCGAAGACGUAGAACAAUUUGAACUCGCUUAUUCCUACCUUACGGAGGAGUUUAACGUGACAAACUACCUCCUCCAGUAUUCUUCAGUACAACAGCAAUCUCCAGGGACUUGCGAAUGGAUCACAGCCCAGACUAGCUUUAAACUGUGGUUGCAACCGGGUGCCUCGGGGAUCUUGUGGCUACGAGGGACUCCAGGGGUAGGGAAAACAAUCCUUAUGAAAUAUCUCAUUAGUACAGUCAUUCCUUCUCGCAGAAUACUGUCUCACACCGGUCCUUCAUCCAAUUCGAGAGAAGUACGAGAUGAUAUUCUGGCGUAUUUCUUUUGCAACGAGCAAGAUACGAGUCGCCAAUCGAUGUUCAGCCUUCUCAAAACCGUGAUACAUCAAUUGUUACAAAUUGAGCCGGAUUUGACGCACGCUCUCAUCGCUAGGCGAAUCUUUACCUCUAAGAGCAAGACCUACGACUUUUUGGAGGACCCAAACAUGCUAUGGGGGGCACUUCACGAUCUCAUCAUUGCCUCUAAGAUGAAGACAGUUUAUUUCGUCUUUGACGCUCUUGACGAGAUGGACCCCAGGCAUCUAGAAAAGUUCACAGAGAAUCUCUGUGUUCUCAUUGACACUGUCACCCCUCACAUCCAGCCGCGACGGUUACGGAUUCUCAUUGCUAGUCGCCCAUCGGCGAUCAUCGAUGAGCAGCUUGACUGUCCAUCCAUUGCUGUUAGGAGCGAGCGAGACGUCAAGCAUUUUGUUGAAAAGAACGUGCAGGAAUUCAUGCAAGAGCACAUGCUUGACCAAGAUAUUGCACGCAAGAUUGUUGACACUAUAUGUAAGAAAGCUGGAACGAUGUUCCUAUGGGCUAAGCUUGUUUGGAACCAAUUUUCUCAAGAUCAAGGACCAUGGUCAACACAGAAGGUUGAGGCUGGCUUAAAAGCUCUCCGGAUUCUACCCUCUCGCCUUGACUCAUUAUACGAGAGCAUCCUGGCUCGAUUUGAAGGCGCAACCCUAAGUCUUUUGAUCAGGGUAUUCUCAUGGCUACUUGUGACAACUCGUCCUUUGAACACGGCAGAGUUAGAGAUUGCAGUCCGGCUGGAAGCGAAGACUCUCGGCCUUGAUGUCAAUGAGUUCCCAGGAAAAAUGCAUUUUGCUUCAAUCUGUCCAAAUUUGAUUCACGUCGAUGCGACGGACCACGUUCAUUUCGUUCAUCAAUCAUUCUGUGACUUUCUGCUUAGCCCUUCCACCAGCGACCGUUACCGUAUCACUCUUCUCAAUGCACAUCGGAGUGCAGCUCUGACCUGUCUAAGCACAUUUACUCUGUAUAAUCUCGAGGCGGGGAAAAUCCGGGACAGAAUAUCUGAACAUGGAUUGAAACGUCCAAACGCCCUGGAAGAAUGCGAGCUACUCUUUUAUGCAGCAAAGAAUUGGCCUCAUCAUGCUAAUUUAGCAGGUGAAGCUCCGACUAUAUGGACCAUGUACAAACAACUUUAUGAAAGCAGAGAUAGCUUUGGACUUUGGAUACUUCUUUACCUUUAUGAUGACAGCCACCACAAAAGCUCACUCCUACUAUACGCAGACUCUUUGCUUCCUCUUCCGCUUCACGUUGCAGUCGCCAUCGACAAUAAAUACCUUACUGAAUGUGUGCUUCUGUGUGGUUGUGAUAUCAAUGAGAAGGACCAUAGCGGCUAUUUUCAGGGCGGUCCUUCUUCUGGCGGAGGUACAGUUCUACAUGUUAGCGGCAUCAGCACGGAAAUGGUCAAAUUCCUCAUACUGAAAGGGGCUGAUAUCAGCCUAUCCAAUGAUAUCGGUCGUACACCAUUGCUGACAGCUGUCGAUGCAAAGAAUGAAGAACUUUGUCGCAUCCUAAUGCAGAAUGAUAAUCCAGAGGCAGAUUCUAGCUUCCUCAAAAAAACUGGUGGAGCAGCAUUGCUUGCAGCCAUCGACAACCAAGACUCAGCAAUUGCAGGGUUGUUCCUUGCAGAUGAACGAAUCGACCUCGCUGGUGAGAACACCUUGAGAGAAGAGCGCAGUACUCAAGGCAUAUACCUUGUGACUCCCCUUGAGUAUGCCUGCCUCCGUGGUAUACCGUCAAUGGCACGGCUGUUGCUGAGCAGUGAACGAAUGAUCGAAGCCCAAGCACGGAAGGAGCUUAGGUACCCCAAGGCGAACCCUACGAGUAUUCUCUUCCUUGCCGUCCUCCAAGGUUGGGAAGAGCUGUCUGUUGAAAUAAUGGAUCUAUUCCCGACAGCCCUUGAGCAGGAUCGAGACAAAGAUAGGCGUACGGUUCUGCACCAUGCGGUAAUCGAGCAUUGGCAUGAAGUUCUGGAAAGAUGUAUCGCAAGGAUGAAGACUGGCAAAUUGAACAUGAUGGACAAAAAUGGUCGCACUGCCCUGCACCACGCCGCGUCGAAUCGAAAUUGGUAUGCUGUGGCAAGGCUGUUGGAAGUUGGUGCCCAGCCCGGUGUGCCAGACCACAGUGGUAAGACUCCCGCACAUGUUGCUGCUGAGAUUGGCUCAGAGCGUGUCCUGAGACUCAUGCUGGAACGAAAAUCAGUUCGCCCUAGUGAGCUAGACAAUGAAAAGAGGACGGUUCUUCACUACGCGGCAACCUGGGACCUGAUUAAUGUCUGCGAGCUGCUAAUAUCCUCGAACGAAGUCGACCUUGCUGCCAAAGAUCGCCAUGGUCGGAGCGCAGCUCACCUGGCCGCACUUUUCGGUUGCCCCAAUGUCCUUGGACUUCUUCUUGGUACGGGUAAAAUCGAUAUCAACACGAAAGACUACUGCGGCAACAGUCUAUUGCACUGCGCUGUCGAAGGCAGAAGCAUUACUUGCGUAGAGGAGCUGCUCUGGAGAGAAAGUCUAGAUAUAAAUGCCUUGAACCGCCGUGGGAAAGCCCCACUAGACAUGAUCUACUCAGACCCGGAUCCGGAACGCCGCAGGAUAAUGCGCGAGCAUCUCGAGGGUGCUGGGGCGCGUCCAGGGCUCUGGAGGCCUGGGCGACGACCAUACGUCAGUGGACGGGCCGAGGAAGUCUGGGAAAGAGAGCACCGUCCCGGCUGGGAGAUUGUCCCAUAUCUCGGCCAGAAUUAG